AUGACAACGCUGCUCAACAACCCGCCGGAUUCGGGUCCCCCGCCGCGCCAGAUUCGCUUCGUACAUAACCAGGGCCAGCCGCCGUCCAAGCGACGCAGGAUCAAUGCAGCAUGCUUGACCUGUCGAAGACGAAAGACGAGAUGCGCCGGCGAACGACCGCUUUGCACCACAUGCACUAAGAACGGGCACCAAUGCCUCGGUUAUCCCGAGGACAGGAGAGAUGGCGAGGCAGCGGCAAGGACGGGCGACGAGGAAACGACGCCAAGGGAGGAUGUCAACCAAGGCGAGGACGACGUCGCCUCUAGAAAACCCGCUGCUUCGGGGCUUGCGAACCGUCCGACGUCCUCUGGGGGCAGCAAUCUGCAAGCUACGCAUGCUGCUGCCUCUGCUGCCUCUGCUUCACGGCCGCCGCGGCGCAAUAUCAAGCAGACUAUCGAAAAUCACCAUCCUCAUCAUCAAGCUCAUCUCUCAGUCACGUCCGAUGACUUGCCCAGUUCGCCCACCCUCCGCCGAUCGGCCCCCAGCCGUCGCAUCCCCUAUUUCCGCUACUUUGGCUCCACGGCCAUCGUCCCCGGCUUCAAGCAAAUGGUGGUCUCUGUUCGCGACCGUCGCCGUUCGACGGCAGGCUCACAUUCCGGCGCCUCUCUUCAUUCGACGCCCAGCGGGGCGAUGGCCAGUGGCUCGGCCAUUGACAGCGACAUUGUCCGCGAAGACAUUCCCUCCUACGACCCCAACAACUCCGCCCCCGUUCAUCCCUUAAUCAUUCAGCUAGUCAAUACGUUUUUUGUUCACGUCGGGUGCAAUUACCCCUUUCUCAAACAAGACAAGUUUCUGCAACAUGUAAAGGAGAAACGGGUCGAGCCGAUACUUGUCGAUGCCGUCUGCGCCAUCGCGGCGCGCUUCUCGGACCAUCACAUCCUGACGGGCGGCAACGACAAGAUGCCCCGGACAGAGAGAGGCCAGGUCUUUGCGCAACGGGCCAGGCAGGCCACCGUCGACACUUUCCCUUGCCCUUCUGUGGGUGCGGUCCAGGCUUGCCUGCUGAUGGCAUACGAGGGCUUCGGGGCGGCCCAGGAUAGCGCGCUGUGGAUGUAUCUGGGCUUGGCCAUUCGCAUGGCGGUUGAUCUCGGUCUCCAAAAGUGCGUGGGCGUUCAAUAUCAAGGCGAAAAGGACCCUUGGUACACCCGGCAUCGAAGUCGGGCCAACGACGAUGAUCAGGACAGCCCAGAGGCGCACAAGGCGGAUGCCGUCGACGCCCCUAGCCCGGAGGAACAGAAGGAGGUAGAGCAGGAGCGCAUAUAUACCUUCUGGUCCGUCUUCAUCCUGGACCGGCUCAUCUCCUCUGGCACUGGACGGCCGGUCACGAUCCGCGACGGCGACUACGAGCUCGCCUUUCCCGAAUCCAGCGUCGACCUCGCUACCGGAUGGCCGAACCCAUUUCCUGUUCUCCUCCAGAUCAUCCACCUCUACGGUCAAGUGUGCGAUGUGCUGAACAAUCUCCACGACGCCCAAGACCUUACCCAGGACAAGUGGGAUCAGCUAUCCGAGAUGGAGCAUCGACUCACGAGAAUGUACAAGCACUGGGACCCGCGGCUUCAGUUCAACGUCAACAACUUUAAGACGUACCUCGGCAUGGGCCAGGGCACCAACUUUAUCCUCCUCCACUUUUGGUUCCACGCGCUCUUCAUCAUAUUGCAUCAACCGACUCUUCUUACCCCCUUUUGCGAACUGCGGAGCGAGCUCCAGCUGCUCUCGGACAGCCGUGAGCUGAGCAUGAGCAGCGCAAAGACCAUCUGCGACAUUUUGUCCUUUGCCGACUUGAUAGAUCCGACGAGUUUUAUUGGCAACCCAUUCACGAAUCAGCCCAUUUAUAUCGCGGCAUGCGCAUUUCUCAUGGAAUCGAGCGCCAACAAUGCAUCUGAGGGCUCGUCCAGGGAGGGCUCGCCUCCCACUCAAGCGAGUCGCUCCAGGCAACAGACGAAGCACUUUAACAAGCAGUCUCGGCAUUCGCUUCUCGCGUCGGCCGCCAACCAGAAUUACCAGCGAUGCUACAACUCCCUGCAGCAGAUCCAGGCGUACUGGGGCGGAGUAGGCUAUAUCCUCACCGCGCUGGACCAGAAGUCAAAGGGCAAGUGGGACUGCGAGACGUAUACCGUGGAGGAGUAUGAGAGCACCAAGCUGCCCCCUCCUCGGCCGUCGAUUGGUGAGCAGCUGUCGCGGUUCGAGAAGCAGUCGUCGCCCAAGAUUGCCGGCUCACCGAUUGCUUGGAGUCUGUCCGGCACGGCCAAUUCGCCCAACUCCAGCCUGACACUCAUGUAUCAGGCUCUCAACGCCAGCGCAGGCGGCCACACUGGAUUCCCUCCGCCUGUGCAGUCCGUGGCGAGGGCUGCCAAUGGUUCGCCGGGGAGCAUCGCGCUGGACCCCAUUCGACACACGAUGCCGGAAGUGGGAAUGUUUACGUCGGCGGUUCCGCAGCCAAACAUGUCUGCCAUUCGAAACUCUCCUCGGCGGCCAUAUGCUGCCAAUUCUAUGAAUGCCGCGGGGGCGAACUCGCGGAAUCAGAAUAUCAUGGGCUUCGAAGACAUUCCGGAAGAGUCGCCGGAUGCAAAGGGUCUGAUGUCCAAUUACUCAACCUCUGGCCAGCCCUACGAUGGAUAUAAUGCAUCCCCGACCAGCGGCAAUUCGGGCAUGGGCAAUUCUACAGCCGUGACGAGUGCCCCCAGUGGAAACACGACCAACAGCAUGUAUUUCGCGCAAAACAUGGCAUCAUAUCAAGCCUGGGGGCCGAUGACGGGCAACAUGGACGCCAUCACGUUCGACAGCCAGGACAUUGACAUUGAGGCGCUGGGGCUGCAGCAGCCGGACCUGAUGAGCGGGUGGCUCGAGUAUCUUCCCAGUGAUGUGCUGGGGCUGUUUGACGAGCAUGGCGAGUCGGGGCAGGGCGGCCAUUGA